GCGAUCCACACUAGUAAAAGCGCGUGCAUUCCGGAUUGAGCUACCGCGCAGUGCGCUCGGGCACCACGGUUUCGAAAUACUCCGUACGACACACACCGCACAGUCGCAGUUCGUGCACGCGAACGAAAACAGCGCGAAGCGAAAUUUUCGAAUCGCGCUGCGAGACCGCGAAGACAUAGUCACUUUUUAUUGCCCCCACAACUUUUAUUACUAUUAUUGCGUAACCGCCAACCGUAACAAUAAUCAUUUGAUUAAACUAUUAUCGCCGAUGCCGAAUAUCCAGUAAGAUUUGCAAAUUUCGCCUGGUCGCGAAAGUUCGGCGUUCAAGAGUUUGCCAAAAUACAAUCGGCUAUUUUGGGAAGUAUUAAACGUUUUUGGCAAAGUCGUGAGACCAUGUGCUGAGUUUACCCGCGAACUGUCAGUGAGAAUGGACAUGUGAAAAAAACUUCCGCAAAGUUUUCAAAAAAAAUACCUGGUGAAAAGUGCUGUGACCAACUCGAACCAGAACAACAGGACUUACCAUCAAUUUAGACUUUCGUCUUUACGCGCGCUCAAAGCGAUCUUCUCAUCGGGUGGCUUCUUGGAAAAGAGCCCCAGUGUUUCCUCGUUGAGCAGUGAACUAAUAAAGCCGCCAAAAUUAACGCCAUAAUGAACUCGUAUUUUGAACAAGGUGGGUUCUACGGCAGCCACCAUCACCAGAGUGCCAGCGCGGUUUCUGGUGCUCACCACCAUGACCAGAGCGCGGCGGCGGCAUACCGUCCCUUUCCGUUGAGUCUGGGCAUGUCGCCGUAUGCCUCCUCGCAACAUCACCAUCACUCCCUGCAUCAAGCUCGACCACCACAGGAUUCACCUUACGAUGCAUCGGUAGCAGCCGCCUGCAAACUUUACUCCUCAUCGUCAUCGGACGGGCAACAAAAUUCCAACUACAGCACCUCCAAUACCAAACCGGAUUGCUCAAAGGGCAAUUCCGGCGGUGGCGACCAGAAUGGUUACGCUUCGGUGGUAGCGGCGGCAGCCGGAGUAAAAGACGUGUGGCAAAGCGCCAGCUCCGGAGGUGGUGCGAGUCUUACCAACAGCCUCUCAGGACCGGUACGUCCUUCAGCCUGCACGCCCGAUUCUCGGGUCGGUGGUUAUGGUUCCUCCGUCGGUCUAGUCGGCGGCGAUCCCUCAUCAAGUCCUGGUGCGGCGGGCGGCGGUCGAUCCUCAAACGCGCUCAGCUCAUGGAACAAUCCCUGCACACUGAACUCGUCCUCAUCGCAACCUGUCGGCACCCAGCUUCAUCAGCAGUCGAAUCACACCUUCUACCCCUGGAUGGCUAUAGCAGGAGCGAACGGAUUACGCCGUCGGGGUAGGCAGACCUACACACGAUACCAGACGCUGGAGCUCGAGAAGGAAUUCCACACGAACCACUACCUGACGCGGCGGAGACGCAUCGAAAUGGCGCACGCGUUGUGCCUCACCGAACGACAGAUCAAGAUCUGGUUUCAAAAUCGCCGCAUGAAGCUGAAGAAGGAGAUCCAGGCGAUCAAGGAGCUCAACGAGCAGGAGAAGCAGGCGCAAGCACAGAAGGCGGCGGCGUCGAUAGUGGACCAGAACUAGUGCUGGUCGUAGAUGUGCACCUUGGGCGAUGCGAAGCGGCGACGGUUUUCGGACUCCUAGGAGACAAGAUCGGUGAAUUAAAAUCGACGACAAAAUCAGUAAAACCCUCGCCGGUUUGACACUAAGUUACACAUUUGCUAAAUGAAAUUCUGCACAUACGUAACGUUUUCCACGCUCGUCAUCUCAUCCAUUGCGGGUGGCUGUUUGCAAGAAGGGGAGCACCAGCACCAUUUGAGGAGCAUUCGCCAGCAAAACUCAGAUGACGCGCGGAAAGCCACGAAACUUAUAUACGUACUACGCCAAACUUGGACCCAACUUGUGAAAAUUGUGUAUACUUUUAAAUGUAGGUGUAUAAAAUGAUAUGAAAUUUACAUAUAGCACGUAAUUACGAUAUAAUAUAUUGAAUGAUAAUAUUGUAAACUAAAGAUGUACGCGCUGAAUGCGAUCGCAACAGCGAAAACAAUUAUACGUAAAUCGAAGUGGGCUGCUGCUGUGCGCAACGAGAAAAAGAUAUUAUAUGAAGAUAAUUAUGAAUUAAUUAGUAAUCCAAAGUAUUUCGUAUUUAUAUAUUACCUACAUGGAACGUGCGGCAGGCAGCAUGAGAAUUCAAAAAGGAUUUGGAGAGCAGUGUGUAUUUUUGGCAAAGUGUUUGGAAAUAUUGAUGAAAUUGAAUGUUGGACACGUUGAGAAUUGUAAAUAUUAACAGUUUCACUUAAACGUUACUGUGCAACUGUGCCAUAUUUCUCAAAAAGUAAAUCUCAAUCACACUGAGAGGAAAUUAAAACUCGAUAGUAUUGCAUUGAAUAAAUGAACAAAACAUGUGCAAACAUGUGAACGAUAUACGUAAUAAUCAAUGACAAAACUGAAAUACUCCUAUUUAUAUUAAGUAUAUACGUAAUUAAUUGAUAUUACAUUAAGGAUAAUGGAAAAUACGUAAACAUGUAUAGAAAUGAGCAAGUGACAGCUUUUAAUUAAAUUAUAUUCAUGCAAAUGCAAUUUGUCACAGUGGCAUUAAACGAAAUUCGAAAACUUGGUGACUUGCUAAACAAAUGACUUGAAAAAACCAAUUUGGAUGUUUAACAUUGCAACAAAUUGUAAUUGUACUUUAACUGUAAUAAAUAUAUGAUAUUAUAGCCUAAUGAUAAGUCGAAUGUGCAAAAUAUAGGUAUGUAAUUUAUUAGUAUAUACAUGCAAGCAAACAGAACAAGAUACAGACAUGUGACUGACUUAAACAAGCAAAACAAAACGAUUAACAAGAGAGCUGAGCGAAAUUUAGUUGUAAUUUUAUCGAGUAAGUUUCUUAAAUAAUUUGUGUCAUCAAACGACACAUGACUAUGGAUCUCUCAAUGCUUUUCUUAGCGCAAAUCUAAGAAAAACCAUAAGCGAAGCGAUAAAUUAAAUUCUAUUUUUGCCAAUUUCUUUGUAAAUUACUUUGGAAUACAUUUUGUAUACGCACUUUUUAUUUUAUUUGUUUUUGUUGAAAUUGUUUUUAUAUUUACAAAUUACACUCUACAACAUUGAGUCGCACGCCGACACUGACGCUGAUGAUAAGAUGAACUAAAGUACAACAAAUUGUAUACGUUUUUAACUUUAAAUAAAGUAAACAUAAAUUGAAACUACUACUACUAAUGUGUACUUAAAUACUAAAAUAAUAUGUAUGCUAUAAAUAUACAGAAUAAACGUAACGCCAGUCCUAGCAGCAUUCGAAUCUGGGGUGCAUAAAACACAGUUAAAAUCAAAAUUUCAAAAGUCUUUGAUUCUCUUGCCGCUACCUUGCCAUUGUCUUAGCUCUGCGCCCCUAGAUUCAUUUGCGCUUUGGAUACAAAAGUAAAUCUGUCUGAAAAUUCCAAAAGGAAAGCUAACCACAAAGAAAACCAGUAAAUGUGUAACGGAGGAACUCUGUACCUUGCUCUCCGAAACUUAAUAUGGGCUUUAACGAAACGAUGUGAGCGCUCACGCUCGUGUUAAGUACAUAAGAUAGGAUUCGAGUCCGCAGUUUGUCAGUGCGCUGCGAAGCAGGAGUGAAAUUCUGCGCGGAUGAAAAAUGAACUUGUACAUAUAUAUUUAAUAAUAAAAAUACAAAAAUUCAAACGAAAAAUAAACGAUUACUGACUGAAAGGCGUGUGUGACGGCGCGAAUGUCGAAUGCGUGAAUGCGGCAACAUGAUAUAUUGAAGUAAUAUUGUAAUAUUUCCAAUAAUAGUUAAGGAUAGAGUGUAUACUAUUCGAUUAGUAUAUUUUAUUGUUUGUUUGUUCUGAAUUAUUAUUAUUGAAUUAUCUAUUAUUGUAUUAUUAUUUUUUAUAUAUACACAAGUUUUGUUGCUUAUUUGUUGCUCAAAGUGGAAAAUACGAUAGAACUUUUUUUCAGUGUGUAAUAUAGGCCCUCACUCCCCUGUUUCAACCCACCCCACAAACACUUUCUCUGUCGUCUGUGUGACUGUAAUUUAUUUCAAAUGAUAAAAAAAUUAAAAACUUUAAAAUGAA